GCCAGUCAGGAACAUUUGACGCUGUAAAACUACACAAUGAAUUCAGACGUAACAAGUGCUCUGUUAUUAUUAGAGACAGUUAAUUUUGCUGCAGAGAAACAUCGGAACCAACGGCGUAAAGACGCGGAGGGAACGCCGUACAUUAAUCACCCCAUCGGAGUCGCGAGAAUCCUCAGCCAUGAAGGAGGAAUCACAGACAUUGAGGUUUUGCAAGCUGCUCUGCUUCACGACACAGUGGAGGACACGGACACCACACCAACAGAACUGGAAUCCAUGUUUGGGCUCACUGUGACUCGCAUCGUGUGUGAGGUGACAGACGACAAAACGUUGCCCAAACAGGAGAGGAAGCGCCUGCAGGUGGAACAUGCUGCUCAGUGUAGCCGACAAGCCAAACUGGUCAAAUUGGCCGACAAACUAUACAAUCUGAGGGACUUGAACCGCUGCACACCUGUCGGUUGGACAUCUGAGCGAGUCCAGGAGUAUUUUGUUUGGGCCUGUGAGGUGGUGAAAGGUCUGAAAGGAACCAACUCGGUUUUGGAAGAGAAGCUGGAAGAGUUGUUCAGAGAGAGGGGGGUGCAGCUCUGAAAGCCAAAUCUUUGGCAAAUGCAUUGUUUAUUCAUCAAAUAAAUCACAUUUCUGUCAAUA